AUGCACUGCGCAUGGUCACGGGCGCAAAGAUGCCCUGAGGGCUCAAAUAUUCCAGUGCAGCCUGGGAUCAAAACACCCGGCGCCUGCAGGCCCAUCUUGAGUCUGCUUGGCCAGCUGCGGUGCUUCGCGGAGCGGAACCCGGGCCUCUGGUCCCGCCAAGCCCCCGCAGCCCCCCACCACGUGCAGCGAGGAGGGGCAGGAGGCAUUCUGGCUGAAGAUGCCUUGCGCUUGCGGCGCUGGAAGGGCACGCUGCUGAGGAGCAUCCCUGGAUGCCAAACCCGAGAGCCUCCUGGGGCACGUCUACCACGCGGCCGGGACAGCGUCCCACGGGCGGUGCCGGGAGCCCCAAAGUGGACGCCCCACACCUGCCCUCAGGCCACUGGGGAGAGACUUCCCGCAGCAAAGGCAGCUGAGCUGGCCGCAGCUCGGGCCGGGCUGUGGGGCUGCGGGGACCCACAGCUGCACGUGCAGGCCGGCUGCUGA